AUGACCACCCCAAUUCCGUUCCCGAAAGCCUACAAGGCAUAUCGUCGCACCUCAGGGGAAGCUCCGCUAUCCAUUGAGCCUGUAACGGAAGAACUUCCUUGCUCUCUGACUCCUGAUGAAGUCCUAAUUCGCAUCCGAGCCGUAUCUCUCAACUACAGAGAUGCCGCGAUGCUAAAUGGGAAAUAUCCCAGUUUUGCCCUUGAUCGAGGUAUCCCGGCAUCUGAUUGCUCUGCUGAAGUAAUUGCUACUGGAAAGAAUGUAUCAGAGUUCAAGAUCGGGGAUCGCGUUGCUCCCAUCUUUGAUUUGAAUGCGCUGGAAGGAACGGAGAUUACUAAGAAGACUCUGGGAGGAGAUAUCGAUGGUGUUUUGCGCGAAUAUGCUAUCUUUGACCAGAAGGUGCUCGUGCACUUACCGCAUCAUCUUUCUUGGGAAGAGGCCGCUUGUGUGACUGUCUCCGGCACGACGGCUUGGAACAGCUUGAAUAUGCCACAUGCCAAGGGUACUGUACUUCUUCAAGGUACCGGUGGCGUCAGUAUAUUUGCACUGUUGCUCUGUUUAGAAGCUGGCAUCCGCGUGAUCAUCACAUCCUCUUCCGACGAUAAACUGCGAAAAGUCAAAGACCUAGGUCCACCUGGCUCUAUAGAGACCGUCAACUACAAAACUUUCCCAAAUUGGGAAGAUGAAGUAAAGCGCCUAACAAAUGGCCGAGGUGUCGACACGGUGAUUGAAACGGGAGGGCCUACGACAAUCGUCCAAAGUCUUCAUUCACUCGUCCGAAGAGGUACCAUUUCUCUGAUUGGGAUCCUGGGAGGUCUUCAUAUGGAUCAGUAUCCUGAUGCUUUUACACCUUUGUUGCUGAAUACCGCGACUAUCAAGGCAAUCUUUGUUGGUUCUAGAACUGAUCAAGUAAAUCUGUGCAGGUAUUUGGAGGAUAAGAGAAUCACGCUAAAGCCUCUGCUUGAUGAGUCAAAUUUCUCGUUUGAAGAUCCCCAGAAAGCCUUUGAUCACCUUUACUCUGCGAAACAUGUGGGUAAGGUUGUCAUCAAAGUGUGA